CCCAUCAACCCCGAAAUCGCGACAAUCAACCUUCUAGAACACCUCCAACGAACACCACCUUAUCACGAAGCGCUGUUAGUAACCAGGAAUCCAUCACAAACGCGUAACAAUGGCGCCCGCCGCCGACACCUCGUUCGAGGAGGUGGUUAGCAAGCCUCCUCCAGGCGUCGUGUUGCCCCCCAAAGACAUUCGCGCCAUCGUCGAAAAGACCGCCGGCUACGUGGCCCGAAACGGCACCGUGUUCGAAGAGCGAAUCCGCACCAAAGAACAGCAGAAUCCCAAGUUCUCGUUCCUCAGCGAAAACGACGCUUACAACCCUUUCUAUGCGUGGCGGCUCAGCGAGGUCAAGGAGGGCAGAGGCACGGCGGUGUCGGCUGGGCGCGUGGAGGAGGGUGGCGCGGUGAAGGCGCCGGAGAAACCGAAAGGGCCGGAACCGCCGCCGGACUUUCAGUUUAGUGCGCGGAUGCCGAACAUCAGCGCGCAGGAUCUGGAUGUGGUGAAGUUGACGGCGCUGUACGUUGCGAAGAACGGGAGAGGAUGGAUGACGCAGUUAUCGCAGAAGGAGUCGGGGAACUAUCAGUUUGACUUCUUGCGACCGCAGCACAGUCUGUAUCAGUACUUCAGCCGGCUGGUGGAUCAAUAUACGGAGUUAUUGAAUGGGGGAGUCGUGAAUGGUGGCAAGGCGGAGAAAGGGCGAAUACAGCAGCUUCAGGGCAACGUCACGGACCGGUAUCGCGUCUUGGAGAAAGCGAGACGGCGAGCCGAAUGGGUCAAAUACCAAGAACAACAGCGCCAACAGAAAGAAGAAGCCGAAGAAGCCGACCGGUUCUCCUACGCGCAGAUCGACUGGCACGACUUCGUUGUCGUCGAAACCGUCCUCUUCAACGAAACUGACGACCACACCGAGCUCCCUCCCCCCACCUCCCUUAACGACCUCCAAUCCGCCUCCCUCGAACAAAAAGCCAUGAUGUCCCUCGCACCGCACACCAUGCGCAUCGAAGAAGCCAUGCCUACCGACGACAUGCAACAAGCCUACUUCACCCCCUCCCCCGCCGCCGCCACGCCCUUCCCCCCACCCCAUAUCCCCCAGCCGCCCAUCUCGCCCCAACCAAUGGGCCCCCCCAUGCCGAUGGCCGCCGCAUCCCACGCGCCAAACGACCGCCUCCGCGAGCAGAUGGCCGCCAACGAACGCGCGCAGCAAGCGCAGGCAGCCGCGAAGGGCGGUCCGGGGACGAUGAAGAUCCGGAGCGACUAUGUGCCGCGUGCACAGGCGAAGCGACAGCAGCAGAAUGGGUAUCUUUGCCCGAAUUGCAAGCAGGUGAUCCCGGCGGAGGAAUGGGAGAACCAUAUGAAGAUCGAACUCCUCGACCCCAACUGGCGCGAACAAAAAGCCCUCUCCGACCAACGCCAAAGUACCACCAACCUCUCCACCGCCGAGGUCGCUAACAACCUCAAGCGCCUCGCGUCGCAGCGCUCCGACGUGUUCGAUCCCAUCACCGGGCAGGCCAUUACGCCGGAGGAGGAGCAGCGGCGGAAGAUGGCGAAGUUGCAGGCGGCGGAGCAGGUGCCGGUGCCCCCGGGGGCGGUGGGGGCGGUGGGAGGUGAUGGGAGAGGUUUGCAGGGAUUGAGUUUGGAGGAGCAGAUUAGGCAGUUGCAUCAGAGGUAUCGGUAGGGGUUGAUAAAGGAGGGCCUGGCGAUGUAGGGAUAUGUUUAUUGUCCGAUAUCGAAUCCCUCGUUUCUGUACGAGUUGUAUCAUUACCAUGGAGGGCUAAGCCGAGGAACGCCUCCUCCAGGAUCAAUCGGAGGCUAUUGUAGGAUUCUGGGACGUUGAGCUUCAAGCUGCCAGCAAAAAUGAAGCAGCCGCACCUCGCUGUAGACGAGAUACAUACAAUCUAGGCGAGAUGAAUCCAAUCAAGCUGUCUAUUCGAUC